AUGGUACCGAAUUUACCAGAAGCCUACCCACCAACCAAAGUCCCUUUCAAGAAAGGAACUGCACAGAAGUUUCUACAACCUUCAGGGACAGGAACCGACCUUGGCUUCUUUGCCCUGGAUGAUCUCUCCAAACCAUCGCCAGAAGAGGUGUAUCCGCUUGUGAUAUCAGCCGAGACAGUAGUAAUCUCGCCGAGCUCUGUUUCGGAGGAACCAGUAGUUCAUAAGCAAGUCACACAGGCGUGUUUGGAGAGGACUAAUGAUGGAUCUUUCAAAGUGAAAGUAAUGAAACAGAUCCUGUGGAUUGAAGGAGCUCGGUAUGAGCUACAAUUGUUCUUUGGUCACAAAGGAAGUGGAGGGAACAGUAAUGUUAACAAUGAGACUGUAAAUUCUGAAGCUAACAACAAGGAAGAAGGCCAGCUUGAAGAUCAAGAAGAGCUCGAGGGCAGUGAAAAAUAA